CGCUCUCUCUCCUGUAGGAUCUAACUACGUCAUGUCUAACGGGGGCGGGGUGGUGAGUAGCACCACCCACCUGCUGGACUUCCUGGAGGAGCCCAUCCCAGGGGUUGGCACCUAUGAUGACUUCCACACCAUCGACUGGGUCCGGGAGAAGUGCAAAGACCGGGAACGCCACCGCAAGGUGAGGACAACAUUUAUAAACUAGGCUACUUUAAGAAAAUAAAGUCUGUACACCCUGUGGCUCUGAUGCAAUGCAUUUUAUAGAUAGAUAACAUUUUAGUCAUUUAGCAUAUUUACAAUCAGUGUAAUCAACUAAGGUAGGUAAAACGACCACAAGGGUGUCUCCCAGGGCUCUGUGCCGGGCCCCUUAAAUUGUGCCCUAGCCUAGACAGAAGUGUCCCCUGCAUUCUCUGUGGUGGCUCUGUAGCAGCAUGUUGUUGUGGGGGGUGUUCUAAAAGAGAUGGUGCCCUAGACAAUAGUGUUACCUCCUAUGGUCUCUGUGGUGGCUCUGUGUGCAUGGCUUAUAAACACCAUGAGGAAACCAUUUCGUCUUUUGCGAUACAAAUCUGAGUGGUUCCUAGAAGUUUCAUAUCCUCACACAUUUGAAUGUCGUCUGGGUGUUAUUUAUUUUUUUACACCUGCCAAACGGGAACAGUAAUGGUUGAUGUCAAUAUGACACACUGCAGUAGCAGCACAAGUUCAUGGGUAGUUAAAAUAAUAUUAAUAUUAUCAAUAAUUUGAUAAUAGUUACUCUGAAAAUGGGGAGAACUGUGUGUGUGUGUGUGUGUGUGUGUGUGUGUGUGUGUGUUUCUAACCCUGCUCUCUGUGUGUGUGUGUGUGUGUGUAACCCUGCUCUCUGUGUGUGUGUGUGUGUGUGUGUGUGUGUGUGUGUGUGUACAGAUCAAUGCUAAGAAGAAGGAGUCAGCAUGGGAGUUCACCAAGAGCCUGUAUGAUGCCUGGUCUGGGUGGCUGGUGGUGACGCUGACAGGACUGGCCUCAGGUAACACACACACACAGUCACCUGAGCUCACCUAUACUAAUAGUCACAGGGUAUUUACAGUAAAUGUAGGGUAAUCAUCGACAACAUGUUUGUUUUUCAUCUUGCUUUUGAUGAAAAUCAGUGUGGCUUAAACUAUAUUUUCCUUCUUCUCUUCCCUGUCCUCUUCAUCCUCUCUUCCUCCCCUUCCUCUUUGUCCAAUCAGGUGCUCUGGCUGGUCUGAUCGACAUCGCUGCUGAUUGGCUGAACGACAUCAAGGAGGGGGUGUGUCUGAAUGCCAUGUGGUUCAACCACGAGCAGUGCUGCUGGGGUUCCAACGAGACCACGUUCGCUGAGAGGGACAAGUGUCCUCAGUGGAAGAGCUGGGCGGGACUCAUCCUGGGCCAGGAAGAGGUGAGAGGGAUUUCAUUGACAUAGGUGUUUAAAGAAAAUAUAUAUUAUUAUUAACCCAUCCCUCUUCGGAGGACAAAUAUAUAUUUUACAGCUUUUCUGCUAAAUAUACAUACAUUUUGCAUACACAUUUUGCAUACACAUUUUGCAUACAUGGUACUUUUAUAUAAAGCUAUCACAUAACAAUAAUACAUUACCAAACAUAAGCUCUUUAAUCCCACCCCUCAGACACUCUCAGCCCAUCCCACCUAUCGCCAUAGACCACCCUCGUUUGGUUUCCAUCUGCCAUAUAUUUUUCAAAUGUGCUGUGAUGUUUUACAAACAUUUUGAACAUUUCUAAUCGUAUAGUAUCCACAGAUUGUGAGCUAAAGAUGAAAACCUUUCCUAUGAGUGUUAUUAUGUUAUUUAUUGACUGACUAUGACUUUCCUGGUCCUCUGUAGCUCAAUUGGUAGAGCAUGGCGCUUGUAACGCCAGGGUAGUGGGUUCGAUCCCCGGGACCACCCAUACGUAAAAAUGUAUGCACACAUGACUGUAAGUCGCUUUGGAUAAAAGCGUCUGCUAAAUGGCAUAUUAUAUUAUAUUUCCAAAUCGCCCAACACUGCUAUUUGUAAGGUUUGACAUAGGUGUUACAGGUGUCAGAUAGCUGUUCUAAGCACUUUAUGUGCUAUAAUAUAGCACCUUAUCAGUGUUAUAAGCUAGCGGUUUCCAGUGUAGAGAGGGACAAGUCAGGCAGAGGUGAGAGAGAUUCAAGUGUCUUCAACACUGUUUAGACUGACUCCAUGGUGUUAUAGAUGAUCUAAGGAGUUUUGGUAGGUCUUCUGAAGCAGACACAUUUCAGAAUCUAAUCUCAGAACAAAUGUCAUUAUACCCUGUGUCAGUGUAUUGACAGUUAAUAAUAUGCUGCUCCUCUCUCUCCUCCUCCUCUCCCUCCCAGGGCCCUGGUUCCUACAUUAUGAACUACUUUAUGUACAUCUACUGGGCUUUGUCUUUCGCCUUCCUGGCUGUGUUACUGGUCAAGGUGUUCGCCCCCUACGCCUGUGGCUCCGGUAUACCUGAGGUAAAAUUGCACACACACACACACACAAACACACACACACACACACACUAUAUACAGUGAGGGAAAAAAGUAUUUGAUCCCCUGCUGAUUUUGUAUGUUUGCACACUGACAAAGACAUGAUCAGUCUAUCAUUUUAAUGGUAGGUUUAUUUGAACAGUGAGAGACAGAAUAACAACAACAAAAUCCAGAAAAACGCAUGUCAAAAUUUUUUAUUAAUUGAUUUGCAUUUUAAUGAGGGAAAUAAGUAUUUGACCCCUCUGCAAAACAUGACUUAGUACUUGGUGGCAAAACCCUUGUUGGCAAUCACAGAGGUCAGACGUUUCUUGUAGUUGGCCACCAGGUUUGCACACAUCUCAGGAGGGAUUUUGUCCCACACCUCUUUGCAGAUCUUCUCCUAGUCAUUAAGGUUUCGAGGCUGACGUUUGGCAACUCGAACCUUCAGCUCCCUCCACAGAUUUUCUAUGGGAUUAAGGUCUGUAGACUGGCUAGGCCACUCCAGGACCUUAAUGUGCUUCUUCUUGAGCCACUCGUUUGUUGCCUUGGCCGUGUGUUUUGGGUCAUUGUCAUGCUGGAAUACCCAUCCACGACCCAUUUUCAAUGUCCUGGCUGAGGGAAGGAGGUUCUCACCCAAGAUUCGACGGUACAUGGCCCCGUCCAUCGUCCCUUUGAUGCGGUGAAGUUGUCCUGUCCCCUUAGCAGAAAAACACCCCCAAAGCAUAAUGUUUCCACCUCCAUGUUUGACGGUGGGGAUGGUGUUCUUGGGGUCAUAGGCAGCAUUCCUCCUCCUCCAAACACGGCGAGUUGAGUUGAUGCCAAAGAGCUCGAUUUUGGUCUCAUCUGACCACAACACUUUCACCCAGUUCUCCUCUGAAUCAUUCAGAUGUUCAUUGGCAAACUUCAGACGGGCCUGUAUAUGUGCUUUCUUGAGCAGGGGGACCUUGCGGGCGCUGCAGGAUUUCAGUCCUUCACGGCGUAGUGUGUACCAAUUGUUGUUUUGGUGAGUAUGGUCCCAGCUGCCUUGAGAUCAUUGACAAGAUCCUCCCGUGUAGUUCUGGGCGGAUUCCUCACCGUUCUCAUGAUCAUUGCAACUCCACGAGGUGAGAUCUUGCAUGGAGCCCCAGGCCGAGGGAGAUUGACAGUUCUUUUGUGUUUCUUCCAUUUGCGAAUAAUGGCACCAACUUUUGUCACCUUCUCACCAAGCUGCUUGGCGAUAGUCUUGUAGCCCAUUCCAGCCUUGUGUAGGUCUACAAUUCUGUCCCUGACAUCCUUGGAGAGCUCUUUGGUCUUGGCCAUGGUGGAGAGUUUGGAAUCUGAUUGAUUGCUUCUGUGGACAAGUGUCUUUUAUACAGGUAACAAGCUGAGAUUAGGAGCACUCCCUUUAAGAGUGUGCUCCUAAUCUCAGCUCGUUACCUGUAUAAAAGACACCUGGGAGCCAGAAAUCUUUCUGAUUGAUAGGGGGUCUAAUACUUAUUUCCCUCAUUAAAAUGCAAAUCAAUUUAUAAAAUGUUUGACAUGCGUUUUUCUGGAUUUUUUGUUUGUUAUUCUGUCUCUCACUGUUCAAACUUACCAUUAAAAUUAUAGACUGCUCAUUUCUUUGUCAGUGGGCAAACGUACAAAAUCAGCAGGGGAUCAAAUACUUUUUCCCCUCACUGUAUAUACAGAAUAUAUUGUAAUUCAGGAAGAGCGAGAGAGAAAAAUGGGGAGCAGUUGGAAAUGUGUUUUUCUUCUUCAAAAUUCUUAGUCUGAAGCAGUUUGGGAUAUGUUUGGACAUUUACCUUAUUUAUUUUGUUGAAUUUAAAAGGAUAAUUUCUUCAACUUACAAAUGUACAUGAUUUUCAUGUAUGCACAUAUUUCCCUUACUUAGACAUUUAAUAGAAAGGAAACUCCAGCACACUGGUGAUCUUAAUGCUUCCUUAAUGUUUUCAAUAGACUCUACUUAAAUACUUAACACCUCCUCUCCCUUCUCUCUCCCAGAGAACAAAGGAUAUUUACAUUGGCUAUGUCGCAAGUAUAAAUAAUAAUAAAUAUAAUAUGCCAUUUAGCAGACGCUUUUAUCCAAAGCGACUUACAGUCAUGCGUGCAUUCAUUUUUUUUGUGUAUGGGUGGUCCCGGGGAUCGAACCCACUACCUUGGCGUUACAAGCGCCGUGCUCUACCAGCUGAGCUACAAGGACCAAGUAUCUCUCCUUCCUCCCAACGUGUGCACUUGUUCACUUCCCUUCACUGAUUUGUAAGGAAAUUACUGGUAGAAGAAAUAUGGUGGAAACUCCCACUAGCCCCUGCCUCCACCAAUCCAAUGAUUUGUGGGAAGUAGUGAUAUAAUAAUAUAAUAUAAUAUGCCAUUUAGCAGACGCUUUUAUCCAAAGCGACUUACAGUCAUGUGUGCAUACAUAGUGAAAGAGUGCACACUUCAGGAGAAGGAGAUAUUAAUGGGACACACGCAUAUCUUAUUUAUUGUCUCCUCCCUCCUCUUUGUCCCCCAGAUUAAGACUAUAAAUAAAUCAUUUAUCCAGUAUAAUUGCCUUAUUUCCCCUCUCCUCCCCCAUCUCUCUGUCUCCCCAGAUAAAGACCAUUCUGAGUGGGUUCAUCAUCCGGGGUUACCUGGGGAAGUGGACCCUGCUGAUCAAGACGGUGACCCUGGUGCUGGCUGUAGCGUCUGGGCUGAGCCUGGGGAAGGAGGGACCCCUGGUCCAUGUGGCCUGCUGCUGUGGAAACAUUUUCUCAUACCUCUUCCCCAAGUACAGCAAGAACGAGGCCAAGAAGAGAGAGGUGCGUGCAAUAUGUGAUCUACUGUUAGGCGUGGUAAAAUACAAUACCAUACAACUUUAUUGUCCAAGUACAGCAAGAACGAGGCUAAGAAUAGCGAGGAUAUGGUUUGUGUUUGUAUCCAUUGUAUUACAUGAUAGUGUUGAGUUUUGUUUUUAGACAUUUUCUGUGUCACCACGUAGUAGGAUUUAAGACUGUGUUUUGGGUAAAUUCCUGUCAGUGUUUCAGCUGACUCGGGCCUGUGUUUUGGUACUAAUCUUUUGUUUUGUUUUCUCUCUGCAGGUCCUAUCUGCAGCGUCAGCGGCUGGGGUGUCUGUCGCUUUCGGUGCUCCCAUAGGAGGAGUACUCUUCAGCUUGGAGGAGGUACAAUGUAUACUGUGUGUGUGUGUGUGCAUGUGCAUGUGCCUGUGACUGACUGUGGGUCUGUAUGAGACAUUGAAUCACACGCUAUAAUUACCUUGCUCCGCUAUUCACCUGUCUGCAUCUCUCUCUCUUCCCCCUCCCCCCAGGUGAGUUACUACUUCCCUCUGAAGACCCUGUGGCGCUCCUUCUUCGCUGCGUUGGUGGCAGCCUUUGUCCUCCGCUCCAUUAACCCGUUUGGCAACAGCCGUCUGGUCCUGUUCUAUGUGGAGUACCACACCCCCUGGUACCUGUUUGAGCUUAUCCCCUUCAUCCUGCUGGGGGUGUUUGGGGGUCUCUGGGGGGCCUUCUUCAUCAAAGCCAACAUCGCCUGGUGCCGAAGGAGGAAGUCUACCCGCUUCGGGAAGUACCCCAUCCUGGAGGUGAUCUUCGUGGCGGCCAUUACCGCCGUCGUGGCAUUCCCCAACCCGUACACGCGACAGAACACCAGCGAGCUGAUUAAAGAGUUGUUUACCGACUGCGGACCCUUGGAGUCGUCCCAGCUGUGCCAGUACAGGAGUCAGAUGAACGGGAGUAAGGCGUUUGUGGAUGCAUCUCCCAACAAGCCGGCGGGGCCCGGGGUGUACGCAGCCAUAUGGCAGCUGUGCCUGGCGCUUAUCUUUAAGAUCAUUAUGACCAUAUUCACCUUCGGACUUAAGGUGAGGCAUGUCUAGUUAAUGUACCCCGGCAGUUAAUGUGGUUGUAUUGGUAAAUGUCUAUCAGAUUGUGGUCUAAUACAAAUCUUAGAUUGUAGUCUACACUUUAAAUAAUGCUGAUCAGGUUUGGGUUGAAAAGCAUUGAGUAAAAUCAGAAUUUGAAUUUCAGUUCAGGAUCUUUUUUUCAACAGGAUAAGUUCAGAAAUAGCUGGAGUGGGUCUUUUAAGUUGUGGUUCCUGUCUCCAGGUUCCGGCUGGCCUGUUCAUCCCCAGUAUGGCCAUCGGGGCGAUCGCCGGGCGUAUCGUGGGCAUCGCCGUGGAGCAGCUGGCAUACUACCACCACGACUGGUUAGUGUUCAGGGAGUGGUGCGAGGUAGGCACCGACUGCAUCACCCCGGGACUCUAUGCCAUGGUGGGGGCCGCAGCAUGUCUGGGUGAGUUAAAAAUCGAAGUUUAUUGGUCACAUACAAAGAUCUGCUGAUUUUAUUGCAGGUGCAGCGAAAUGCUUAUGUUUCUAGCUCCAACAGUGCAGUAAUAUCUAGCAAUACAAUACAAAUACACACAUGAUCCAAAAAGUAAAAAACAAGAAAUGAAGAAAUAUCAGAACGAGCAAUAUAUCUAGGGCUGUGAUGAUCAUGGAAUUUUGGAUGACGGUAAUUGGCCAGCCAAAUGACUGCGGUCUCCGUAAUAACUGUUCAAAUAGCAUUUCAUGUUUUUGUGUUGUUUAUAGGGCCCUAUGAAAUCCUUUUUUAUUUUUUUCUCCCAAAUUCAGUUUUGUUAUCUUGGUUUUAUCUUUCAAGGUUUGUAAUUUUUCAAUAAUUUUUUUAUUCACACUCCACAUUUGCAUAGGGAAUGAGGUGUCACAUUUUCUGGCCUAUCCAGACAAAGAAUUGAUUUACUCUUCCUCUGAGCGAGUGAGCCCAGCCUGUGAGACGUCAUAUGAACGAACGGUGACAGUCUAUCGGAUCCAGCCUGUGUAGUUUAAUCUCAGCCGGAUUUAGAGCUCUCAACAUGACGAAAUACGAAAUUAUUAAUAUAAUUGAAACAAUUCCACUUUCUCUUGGUCACAGACGGACAGAAUCACUUCCUCCUAAAGCUGACGAGUAUGCACACAUUUGAAUGGUGUCUCUGCGCCACUCAGUGGACGUUUAGGAGAAAAUUAUCUGUCGGCAGUUUUAUGAAAUAGUGCCAAUAUUGUACUGUCACUAAGUAUGAUCAUAUUUAUUUUACAGUUAUAAGAAAUGUGACAUCUUAUAGCAAGUCGUUUAUAAUUGGAUUGUUAUUAUAUUUAGAAAGCAUUUCAAUCAUUUCAAGCUCUAUUUCCCCACUUUUGUUGAAUAGUGAAAAAAUCAUAUGAUUUUUAACAAUAUUUGUACUAUGUAUUUGAGCUUGUGUCCUCAAAAGGGAGUACACCUCAGCAAUUUAUUAUUUACUGUUUUUACCAGAAAGGAGAGUUCAAGACCUUUCUAAAACUAUGCAACAUUACCAGUUUAUGGCUAUCUCAUGAAAAAUUAUUACGUUUGGGAAUGUUUAUUUAGGUAGAAAUCAAAAUGUUACCCUAUCAUUCAACUGGUCAGGAGAACCCUUUUGAGGUCUGGGAAUUUUUUUUUGGGAGGGUGUAGUUCCACUUUAAUUAAACUGCAUAGCAAGAGACUGUUGAGGCUAGCGGUGUUUCUGUCAGGUUUCUGCACUGCACAUGUGAUUGCAGAGUUUGGAAAAUAAAUGUGCACGCGGUUCGUACAAAUCAUCAUGCCAGGUAGGCCUACUUUGCAGUCAACAUUUAAUUGGAAAUGUUUUUCUGAAAAAAGACUUUAGAAAUGACUGUUUCAGCGUGCUUCCCCAUCGCAGAUUUUAUAGGGCGUAAUAAACUGUAUCUUACCUUAGAAGUGUUUACUUCAGGCUGACUACUAGCAUCUAACGUUAGUUAUUGAGUUGCAAUGUCCCAAUAAAUUGAAUGUUCAAACCAACUUAAAGUAUCUACAAAAUGAGUUUUGCAACAACACAAUUCAAAAGGAAGGCUACAGCAAAAUGUUUUCCUUUUACUGUUCGAGAUUCACUAAUUAUUAUUUUGAUUCCCAUGAUUCGAUUCACCGUGAUUGAACAGAACCCCAACUGCUACAAUGGCUAAGCGAAUCAUUCAAUUUGUGAAAAAUAAUCAUUUAAAAUAAUCGAUUCAUAUUAAUUAAAUGAAUCAAUAUUUUUUUUUAUAUCGUUUUUUAAAAACUAUUUUGAGAAAUGUGAAGUGGGGCAUUCGUUAUACAGUAAAUUAAUUGUAUUUUAUUUCCAUGACGGUCUUCAUCCAUAAACGUAGGUUAUACGGCAAUUGUGCCAGCUCUAGCAUUAUCAGAACGAGCAAUGUCAGAGUCUGGAAUAUAAAUAUACAGUACCAGUCAAAAGUUUGGACACACCUACUCAUUCCAGGGUUUUUCUUUAUUUUUACUAUUUUCUACAUUGUAGAAUAAUAGUGAAGACAUCAAAACGAUGAAAUAACACAUAUGGAAUCAUGUAGUAACCCAAAAAGUGUUAAAUGUAAAUCUAUUUUAUAUUUGAGAUUCUUCAAAUAGCCACCUUUUGCCUUGAUGACAGCUUUGCACACUCUUGGCAUUCUCUCAAACAGCUUCACCUGGAAUGCUUUUCCAACCGCCUUGAAGGACUUCCCACAUAUGCUGAGCACUUGUUGGCUGCUUUUCCUUCACUUAGCGGUCCGACUCAUCCUAAACCAUCUCAAUUAGGUUGAGGUCGGGGUAUUGUGGAGGCCAGGUCAUCUGAUGCAGCACUCCAUCACUCUCCUUCUUGGUAAAAACGCCCUUACACAGCCUGGAGGUGUGUUGGGUCAUUGUCCUGUAUAAAAACAAAUGAUAGUCCCACUAAGCCCAAACCAGAUGGGAUGGCGUAUCGCUGCAGAAUGCUGUGGUAGCCAUGCUGGUGAAGUGUGCCUUGAAUUGUAAAUAAAUCACAGACAGUGUCACCAGCAAAGCAUUUUUCUACAAUGUAGAAAUAGUAAAAAUUAAGAAAAACCCUUGAAUGAGUAGGUGUGUCCAAACUUUUGUAUAUAACAGUAUAUGAAUAGAAAAGGUGUGUACAGCAGUAGUUCUAUAGGAUGAGCCAUGUUUAGAAUACAGUAUAUACGUAUAAAAUAGUAUGUAAACAUGAUUAAAGUGACCAGUGUUCAAUGCCUCUAUAUACAUGGGGCAGCAGUCUCUAAGGUUCCGGCUAGGGAUGGCUGUUCAGCAGUCUGAUGGCCUGGAGAUAGAAGAUGUUUAUCAGUCUCUCAGUCCCGGUUUUGAUGCACCUGUACUGUCUCCGUCUGCGAGAUGGUAGCAGGGUGAACAGGCCAUGUUUCGGAUGGCUGAGGUCCUUGAAGGACCUCACUGGCUGUGGGUCUUUAUGUGUUUUUAUGGUCCUGUCUGUUGUUCUUAAUCCUACUCAGUAUCAGCUUCCCCUUCUUGUGAUAUAUUGUUAUAUGGACUGUGUUGGUCGAUAAAAUGUGUUGUGUAAAAUGUAAUCGAUCUUGCUGAAUGACUUUGGUCCUCUCCCAUGCAACUCUUCCCUUGUCUCCAGGUUGUUGCUGUAAAAUAUAAUGUGUUACAUUUACAUUUUAGUCAUUUAGCAGACGCUCUUAUCCAGAGCGACUUACAGUUAGUGAGUGCAUACAUUAUUAUUAUUAUUAUUUAUUUUUUCAUACUGGCCCCCCGUGGGAAUCGAACCCACAACCCUGGCGUUGCAAACGCCAUGCUCUACCAACUGAGCUACAUCCCUGCCGGCCAUUCCCUCCCAUACCCUGGACGACGCUGGGCCAAUUGUGCGUCAUGGGUCUCCCGGUCGCGGCCGGCUACAACAGAGCCUGGAUUCGAACCAGGAUCUCUAGUGGCACAGCUAGCACUGCGAUGCAGUGCCUUAGACCACUGCGCCACUCGGGAGACGUGUCCUCACUUCUUAGUCAGCUUACCUGGUAAAAUUAAAGGUGAAUAAGAAGUGAAUCAUUGUGUUGCGUUCCAGGUGGUGUAACACGGAUGACCGUGUCUCUCGUGGUCAUCGUGUUUGAGCUGACGGGCGGCCUGGAGUACAUCGUGCCCCUCAUGGCCGCCGUCAUGACCAGCAAGUGGGUGGGCGACGCCUUCGGGCGCGAGGGCAUCUACGAGUCACACAUCCGCCUGAACGGGUACCCCUUCCUCGACGCCAAGGAAGAGUUCACACACACCACGCUGGCGCGGGAGGUGAUUAUAUCCACACACACACACACACACACACACACACACACACACAAUUUAAUCAAAACAAACAAACAUCAAAAAAAGGAUUCACAAGGAGAUACAUUCUUGAUGUUCUUCCAUUCCUGUCUGACUUCAGGUGAUGCGGCCGCGGCGUAGUGAUCCGCCGUUAGCGGUGCUGACGCAGGACGACCUGACGGUGGAGGAACUACAGGGGAUCAUCAGCGAGACCAGCUACAACGGCUUCCCUGUCAUCGUCUCCAAGGAGUCCCAGAGACUGGUUGGCUUCGCCCUGCGCAGGGACAUCACCAUUGCUAUAGGUGAGGAGAGAUGGCAGGGUCUGGAGGGCGGUCAGAUUAAACCAGACCCUAAAUUCAACUAGUAUUUGUUUCUUUUCAAAUACUUUAGCUGCACUUAAUUGAUUGAGCUUGCCUGGUGCCAAUGAAACCAAUGGAAUUGUGCCAAAAGUGUAAACCCUCCCUAUCUGGCACUAGAGCUCUGUUACCCAACCCGAGCCCGACGGGCCCCUACAUUAUGCAUCGUGUUAAGCCUGGGUAGGGCCUGUUUUUUCAUCAAUAACUAGGGUAUGGGCAGGGCUCAGUAUCACUAAAUUGAUCACUAACAUUUUGAAGCUGAGCCAUUUGCUCAUGCUCUGCUGUGCAGUAGAGUCAUAUCUGACUAAGAUCAUAACAUGGUGUCAGAAGUGCUUCAACCUCGUCAAAUAUAAAACAGGAGAGAUUAUUUCACAGAAAAGAAUAAUGUACCUUGAGUUUGUCGGAGUUUAGAGUGACUUAAAGGAGCAGCUAACUGCUAUCUCAUGUCUCGUCAUUGAGCAGAGCAGCCCAAGCGAGCUACCUUAGUUUGUCGGAGUUCUAACAGGGACUUAAGCUAGCAGCUUAAACUGCUAUCUCAUGUCUCGUCAUUGAGCAGAGCAGCCCAAGCGGAGCUAUUGCUAUGGAUACUCACAGAGCACAUGCAGAGCGAGCAGCGGGCAGGAAGCCAGUGACCGACUGAGAAGAGCAGCUAAUGGAUAUACUAACAGAGAAAGUUGUUUCAGAUUUUGGGUUUCAGGCAGGGUAGGGCCUUACAUUUGGCAGAAGCAAUCAGGCCUGGGUAGGGUAGGGCCUGAACAUCGCGGGCAUGGGUAGGGCUCGGGCUUCAUGCCCAUGCAGGGCUUUAUCUGCUACCCUCCGGUUUAGAAACAAACCAAAUUAAAAUAUCUCUUUCCCUAUCUCUCUCUCUCUCCUCUCUCUCUCUCUCUUUCUCCACCCACCCACCCACUCCCUCUCACCCCCCUGGUCAUCAGAGAACGCACGGCGGAAGCAGGAGGGUAUCCUGCUGACUUCGCGGGUCUACUUCACGCAGCACGCCCCCACGCUGCCCGCCGACAGUCCGCGGCCCCUCAAGCUGCGCUCCAUCCUGGACAUGAGCCCCUUCACCGUCACCGACCACACGCCCAUGGAGAUCGUGGUGGACAUCUUCCGCAAGAUGGGCCUCCGCCAGUGUCUGGUGACACACAACGGGUGAGAUGAGAUGAGGGAAGGGAGAGGGGUAGGGUGGCAUGGGAAGGGUUGAUGGGUGGAGGGGAUCGGAGGGUUAGGAGUUUGUCCAAGCUGGGCCUCCGACAAUGUCUGGUGACACUUAAAGGGUGAAACGAGAGGGUGGGGUGUGGGGGGAGGGUAAUGGCUAGGGUGGCAUGGAAAAUGGGGGGAUGUAUUUUGGAGGGGUGGGGGUGAAAGAUGAGGAGGAUCAGAAGGAGCGAACACUGGGGGAAAGAGUCUUCCUCAGUCCUCCUUAACUCAGCCUCAGUGUUGUCAACCUGAACUAACACCUCAACAGGCAACACAGAGUUCCCUCAACACAAACCAAACAACACACUCUCAAGGUCUGUUCCAAUAUACACACACUACUGGCAUUGUACAUCAUCCAUUCUAAGUGAUAUGCUAGUCUGGAUAAUGGGACGUGCUAGCCAUGCAUCCCCUCACUAUAGGGCGAUGCAUGGACACUGGGAACCCUGGUGUUAUAACCUGUCAUAACCUGUAGGCUGUAACCUGCAUGGCCUCUCAGCUAAAUGCUAGCUGUGCUACGCUUAAUAUAUAACUACUGAAAUACCACUUAACAAAUACCAGACAGGAGAGAAACACAAUCACCAAUAUACUACUACCAUUACUAUAGAACAGGAAUCAUACAGAGAGGAAACCUAUCUAGGUUUAUUCAGUAGCAUGGCUCUAAGGAAUGCAAUAUGUUCAUUGAAAAAUAGUGAGUGUAAAUCAUAGAUUAGAAAAAUUCACAUCAUGCAAGCUUGUGACAGAACAUUGUUUUAUCCAGUUUCCUUUGGGGAAAAAUAUUAGAGGGACUCGUGUGUCGUGUUUAGAAGCAGCUGAGCUGUCUGUAGCGGUUUCAACAAAAGGGCACAAGAGCACGGGGCUGGGAAAUGGACUUGUCUUGCCAACUUCGGUGACACGGGGUGAUAUGCCAAACAAUAUACAAGUACAAGGCCUUGUGCAUGAUUGAAAAUCACAUUUGCCAACCAUCAUACCUGGGGAAACAUCUCUCCUCCUCAUAUUUCCUCUCCAAAUCAAUCUCACCACUUUAUGACCCCAAGAGAAAAAUAGGUAGUGGUACGUCUCCCAACCUAACCAGCAUGUUUGAGUAUGUAUUAGCGAGGCUCUUCUCGUAGAGGUGUCCAAAGGUCAUCAUCCUAACCAGCACUUACGUAACCAUCUGUGGAAAUCAUUGUGAGAGAGAAAGAUUUGUUGGGGAAAUGAUUUGCCAAGGGAUCAAAGGUUAUUUCACAAUCUGAGAUUUCUGACACUUGGGGAGGAGCCAUCACUCUAUAAGUACAGAGCUCAGAGGCAGAGAGGAUCACAGGGAACUGACCAUGAAGACUUCUUGCAAAGAUUGUCCUCAGUGCUCCAGACCUAUCAGCACCAACAACAUUGCCAGGCACGAACGGGUGUGCAAGUCCAUCAAGGAACGGAACCAAGUUCAUCAAGAGACCAAGGAUCUCAGAGCCGUAAGCGGCCUGGUCUCAAACGGGUUGUUCAAUCCAUAUUCAUUACGACCUUACCAGAGGACAUUUACCAUGUCUACUACCAGUUAGACUGUGGUGAUCCAGAGGGGUUCACGGGAGACUUUGUCAUCACUGGUUAGUGAGCAUUUCGCCUUUGCCAAGAUAAUCCAUCCACCUGACAGGUGUGGCGUAUCAAGAAGCUGAUUAAACAGCAUGAUCAUUACACAGGUGCACCUUGUGCUGGGGACAAUAAAAGGCCACUUUAAAAUGUGCAGUUUUGCACAACGCAAUGCCAUAGAUGUCUCAAGUUUUGAGGGAGCAUGUAAUUGGCAUGCUGACUGCAGGAAUGUCCACCAGAGCUGUUGCCAGAGAAUUGAAUGUUAAUUUCUCUACCAUAAGCUGCGUCCAACGUCGUUUUAGAGAAUUUGGCAGUACUCACAACCGCCGACCACGUGUAACCACGCCAGCCCAGGACCUUCACAUCCGGCUUCUUCACCUUUGGAAUCGGGUGGGGGGAGGAGUGCUGAGGAGUAUUUAUUACAUUUACAUUUUAGUCAUUUAGCAGACGCUCUUAUCCAGAGCGACUUACAGGAGCAAUUAGGGUUAAGUGCCUUGCUCAAGGGCACAUCGACAGAUUUAUGUCUGUAAUAAAGCUGGGUCUGGCUCCCCAGUGGGUGCACCCUUGCCCAGUCAUGUGAAAUCCAUAGAUUAGGGCCUAAUGAAUUUAUUUCAAUUGACUGAUUUCCUUAUAUGACUCAGUAUAAAUCUUUGAAAUUGUUGCAUGUUGCGUUUUGUUCAGUAUAGAAACCCUCAUUGGAUAACGCCUUGUUCUGUGCGUCAUUACCCGGCAGUCAUAGUCUAAAUAUAUAUUUAAAGGUGGAUGUUUAGACACAGUCAGGAGAGGGGAGUACUGAGAGUGACUGAGAUUACAGAUGACAGCAGUCCUUUGUUUUUAUACAUUUGUUGUAUAUUUUUGUUAUUUUAUCAUUUUCUAUUGUUUGACAUUUACAUUUUAGUCAUUUAGCAGACGCUCUUAUCCAGAGCGACUUACAGUUAGUGAUUACAUAUUUUUUAUUUAUUUAUUAAUUUUUAUUUUAUACUGGCCCCCCGUGGGAAUCGAACCCACAACCCUGGCGUUGCAAACGCCAUGCUCUAUCAACUGAGCUACAUCCCUGCCGGCCAUUCCCUCCCCUACCCUGGACGACGCUGGGCCAAUUGUGCGCCGCCCAUGAGUCUCCCGGUCGCGGCCGGCUGCGACAGAGCCUGGAUUCGAACCAGGAUCUCUAGUGGCACAGUUAGCACUGCGAUGCAGUGCCUUAGACCACUGCGCCACUCAGGAGACCUUUGGUCUCAAUUCAUGUAUCAUUCAGUAGCUAUACAUUUAGGCUAAACGUAGAAGCAUCAGACAUACUAUAUCCUUGGUUAUUUAUCUACAAUACUUGACUCUGUACUCACAAGAUUAGAAUCCAUUGCAAAUUAAUAAGGAAAUUAUUGAAACCGACACAAAGAUUAAUCAUAUGCACGAAAAACACUAGUUGGCAUCCAAUUGACACAUACUGAAGUAGAAGUAGUAUAUUUAUUGACGUUUAUUUACCUUCCUUUUUAAAGCAAUACUACUAGGAUAUGUUUGGUAUGUUAUGAUUUGUCAGUUUGUUAUGUCAUAUUAAGUUAUUAUUUUAUGUUUUGUGCUGCUGUCUUUCUCUGUGUGUGUGUGAUGGGCAGUCUCCUGAGUAACAGGUGUGUGUUUGUACAGGAUUGUAUUGGGCAUCAUCACUAAGAAGAAUAUAUUAGCGCAUCUGGAGGAGCUCAAGGAACACACGGAGCCCCUGGUGACUAGCCCCGCCCCCUUUCCCCUCCCAUUCCACUGACCUCUCCCCCUUCUCCAUUUCUGCCUCUUAGGCCCCACCUACCUAGGCGCGACGCAUGAAACUGUAACUGACAGUUCCCGUUUCCAAUAGCAACCCACUCGUCUUACUGUAUCAUAUUUUCAACUCAAUCAUGAAUGCACUCUUUUUUUUUAGGGGGGGUGGGUAUCCACUUUCUCCUCACUGGAUACCGUAUUAUCAUUCACAAACACAAGUGUCACUCUGUCACUCUCUGGUCUCGCUAUUCAUUCACUACUAGUCAUUGACAACAGUUAGUAAGAUGUAUAUUUAAAAAGAUCUACUCUAUAUGAGGGGUUUUAUUAUGGGUCCUGUAAUGUUGGACUUUGAUGGGAACUGUCAUUUGAAGCUUGAUUAGUUAAAUAUCCGCCAUUUACUAUUGCUCCACAGCCAUUCCCAUCAACAACAUCCAACUAGCUAUUAGUCCCUUCAUCAGUAGUAUGGGCUCCUUCAUCUGCUAUAAGAAGUCAUUAUAGAAUAUAGAUAGAAGCAUGAAUAUACUGAUUGUAUAUUGAUCUCAUCCCCCCGCCACUGUCCCUAUGACUUCCAUACAGCCAUGGAACCAUGCCUGUUUUUUGUGUGUCUCACUCUGCCCAUCGAAAACCUUCACACGCAAACAUUAUUACGUAAUUUCACUCUAAAAGCGUCCCAAAUGGCACCCUAUAUCCUAUAUAGUGUACUGCUACUUCUAGUUCAAAAGUAGUGCACUAUGAAGGGAAUAGGGUGCCAUUUUGGACAUAGUCCAGUUUGACUUCAAUUAAUUACUGCUUCUUCCUGUUUUGUUGUCUUUUUUUUUGUCUUUUUUUUUUUACCCCUCCUUCUCACUCCUCCCACCCCCCCCAACUGGGUCACCGUCCGUCCGUCUGUCUGGCGGACCAACAGAUCGACGACAUCUGACCCGACUACUCGUAGCGCCGCCGGCGUCCCCUUAACCGAUUGGCGAGUAACCGGCCACUACGUGGGAGCGGACCGUUGGUUUUUCUGGGAGGGGGGAGAUUUAGCAUCAAGUGUCCCUCCUGUCCUGCCGUAGGCCUAGUAGAACCCUCCUCCUGAGAGAGUGAACUCUAUAGUGGUGAAGUGAUGAUGGUAGUAGUAGCGUGUGGUGGUAGCUAAUACUUGUAGUAUAGGUUGCCAGCUAAGCCAAGCAACACACAUCCCCCCAACACCCACCCUGAUCCUAAACAGUACCCACCCCUCCUUCAACCCCCUCUCACCUGAACUCAACCCCCCUGCCUCACCCGCUGCCUCCCACCUCAACCCCCCUCACUCCUGAUCUGGUUCCUGUAGCACUAACCCCACCAGUCCACUUCCUACAGGCCCCGCCUUCAACAGGCUGUCUCACCUACUCUGUAGAUCAGGGACCAUAUUCAUGAAGCGUCUCAGAGUAGGAGUGCUGAUCUAGGAUCAGGUCCCCCUGUCCUUAUAAUCAUAUUCAUUAGGAUCUAAAAGGCAAAGCUGAUCCUAGAUCAGCACUCCUGCUCUGAGACUACGCUUUGAUACAUACAGCCUCACCUCCUCUCACCACUCUCUCAGCUCAACUCUGCACUCAAUGUCUGUCUCACUCUCUCCAAUGUCUGCAGAUGUCUCUCACUAAAUCUCAAACUACAAUGUUAUCAUCAUAGCUGAAUUCAAGAGCACAAGGGUUUGUAGUUAUAACAAAAAAAGGCAAUUCUAGGAAUCAUCAUGUCUUAAUGGACAUUUAAUUAUUAUCUGCUUGCACACUAGUUGCAAAAGGUAAUUGACCCUCUGUGUUUUACAUUACAUUUAAACCUAUUGUGACCUGGCUCUCAGAAAGGAGAAGGGUGUACCCUUUAAGGGAGCCGGUAGCAAUGACCCCGUCGUAUUUUAAAUAAAAGUGCUCUUGAAUUAGCCUGAAGACUCUUGACUGGGUGUUCCAGAAUGUUUAUCUCUGAGGACGUGAAGGUUUGGUUGGUUGGUAAGGCAAGGUGUUCAGUCUUGCUCUUCCUAGUGUGUUCACCUCACCUGCUCUUCCUAUAGGUGUUCAGUUCAUCUCCUCAGGCUUCUAACGAGAAUCACUCACUCACCAUUCUCCCCUGGUUACUCACCUCCUCUCCGCCUCCUAUCCUUCCUUGGCACCAGUGGGACUCAUGUUUUUGUUGGCAUGGCUGCAGUGACACUGACAGUCACGGUUGGCUGAGUGGUAACUGUAUUACUGCGUUCCCUGUAUCACCUUGGGCUAAAAUGCAGAUACAGUUUGGAAGAAAUGGAGCAUUGCUUCUCUAGACUGUAGAAUUUAUCAGUAUUAUUUAGUCAUUUUUAUUUGUGAUAUAAAUCAUCAAGUGUCAGCCCCCAAAAUAAUAUAUAUCUUAUCAUUAUUUACCAGGCCCCAAAAUAAUUGUCCUCUGAAAUUAAACAAAUUGCCAUCAUUUUGUCAGUUAACAGAGCCUAUUAUUUUAGUUAGUUAACAUUAUCUAACCAAAUAAAAAAUAUUAUAAUUCUCUCUCGAUUGAUUCCAUGCUUGUAUCCCUGGCCAACAAAAACAUGAUGCAAUUCUCUCCCACGCCAACCAGACUGUGCUCCCUGCCAGCUCAUCCCUGACUAACUAUUUUCUCUCUCCCCCCUCUCUCUCUCCCCCCUAUCUCUCUCACUCUUUCCUUCUCUCUCUGCAGGCGUCUCCUUGGUAUUAUCACAAAAAAAGAUAUCCUCCGUCAUAUGGCCCAGAUGGCCAACCAAGACCCCGACAACAUAAUGUUCAACUAGUCACCUCCUUCCCGGGUCGUCACGACGACGAAAGCGAGGAGGAGGAGGAGGUGGUACACCUACUGUAUGGCCUUGGCUCCACCCUAUGACACACAUCCCCCCCGGGAAACCCCAUCCCUAAGCCCCCUCAAUACUAAACCAGACUGACUGAACCCCACAGAGCCCUCUAGUGGCCACAGGAAGGAAGAGACACUCUAAAAGGACAUUAAAAAUGGCUGCUGUGAAGGAUGUUUAGGCCCCAAAGUAGCAGCCACUACAGGCUGGGGCAUAUAUACACAAGGAAUGCACUUUUAACACACACAUCCAUUUACAUACAUACAGAAGACACAUGAGGUCAGACUCACUCAUACACAGAUGCCACACAAGCAUGCCACUAGCCGAAUUGCACCUCCUUCAAACACACACACACGCUCUCUUCAUGCUCCUUCAUCCCUGUCCUGUUUCUAUUGGCUCACGCUAGCGGACAUUGCUGUGGGCCUGAAGCCUGGCUACCAGGGUGAGAGGUAAGAGGUCAGAAUGAUCCGCUAGAACGCGAGGAGGGACCUUCAGACACCUCGACUGCUGAUUGGCUGUCAGCCCUGUCUGUCAGAUGCCCUGCCAGGCUCCGCCCCCACUGUCUCCCUCACUCCACACCCCGUCCGUCUUCGAAAGCAUUGUUUACCUGUGAACUCUGAGCAAGACAAUGCAUGUGUUUGUUUCACCUUGACGUUCCAAUCAGGUUGUCAUAGUAUCACGAAACGACCCCCCCCCCAAAGGUAACCGCCUGAUAUUUGACUGGCUGUUGCUCCAAGGUGUAUAUGUGGGUGCGUGUGUGAGAGGAAGGAAAAUCAAGGGUACAAGCAGGAUGUACUGCAGUAGUUAGUUAACGUCUGAGUGUUGUAGUUCAAGAACAAAAUGUCUCUUUCUGAUGUAUGUGAAAACGUGCUGUACAGAAGAGUCUGAUACUCAUCGGUUACAUACCCUCUGUUGAAGUAAAGGGUGAAUAACUGUGCGGUGUGUGUACCUUUUUGAUCUGAGCCAGGUGGGCGUGAGUAUCAGAUGAGGAAAGACUCGUCCGUUUCUCCGACAGUGAAGGUGGGCAGUGUGUAUAUAAAAAAGCUAAACUAACUCGAGGUCGAGUUCUGUUACUGGAGAGAAAAAAAAAAUCAUUUUUUCUCUUCAAACUAUUACUAAUGCUACUACUUUUAGAGUAUUGAUAUCUACAUAAUCAAGUAACUUUUUACGGCUUGUAAUGAAACAAACUCAAGAUUGGAAAACCACUUUUUUUUUUAAGUGAACAAAACAAAUGGUUGAUUAUGAGGAUGUUGAUGGUAAUACUGCACAGUAACCAUGUCUUAGAUAUUUUACUUUGCUUAAUUAAGCUGCCUCAUUGGUGUGUGAGAAAUGUGUCUUGUAUUUUCCACUAGAGCUUAAUAUUUUCUUGCAUAUCUCCUCCUCUGCCCAGUCGUCAAGUACAUCAAUUCAACAUUAUUCUUUGCAUUUGUAGAUUUAAAACAUUUUAAAUAAACUUCCAGCACUCCAUGGUUGCUAGCCCAAAUGGCACCCUGUUUCCUAUAUAGUGCACUACUCUUGAACAGGGCCUGGAUCAUAAGUAGUGCACUAUAUAGGGAAUAGGGUGCCAUUUGGGACGUCAAGCAAUUUUUCAUUCUCAAAAGCAUGAAUUGAAAGGACUGAAAUAGGAGUUACAUUUCAUAUAACAUUCAAUUGACCAUACCAAGUUUUUGGAGUCGUGCCAAUAACUCCUUUAAACUUCAAUAAAGUCUUGUAUAUUGACUUGGAGACAUGUAGAAGCGCACAGUACACCCUCCAUGUGCAAACCUAGACUCAUGAAAAAAGAAUAUAGGAUCAUAUAUCUGAUUCACCCUUUAAUGUGUGGUCCACCACACAGGAAGCAGUGA